UUGCUACACGAUGAUUGGACACAUCAGACGUAUGGAUGUUUUAAUUGGAAACGCAACAUGUCGCGAUUUGCUUGAUUAGAUUAGGGAAGGUCUUCGUAUAUUUCUUUCACUUUUGGGUUAUCCUUAGUGUAUUUUCAACAGUUUGCAACAGUUCUUAAGACUUGACAGAAAAAUAUACAUAACCCUCUGACAAUGAGAUGUCCCAUUUCUGAAACUAAAUACACCUUUUUUAUGAAGAAAAAGACUGCACGGAAACACGAUUAAAUACAUAUUAGUACCGAGUGGUUUAGUGGUUUACCAAUAUGGGAUUAUUAUUUGCAAAGUUGUGGAGUCUUUUUGGCAAUGAAGAACAUAAAAUAGUUAUGGUGGGUUUAGAUAAUGCUGGUAAAACAACCAUAUUGUACCAGUUCCUAAUGAAUGAAGUUGUUCAUACAUCACCAACUAUUGGAUCUAAUGUUGAAGAAGUUGUUUGGAAAAAUAUUCAUUUCAUAAUGUGGGAUUUGGGUGGACAACAAAGCCUGAGAGCCGCAUGGUCCACGUAUUAUACUAAUACUGAGUUUAUUAUUAUGGUUAUAGAUAGUACAGAUAGAGAAAGACUUGGUGUAAUAAGAGAAGAAUUAUACUCAAUGCUAAAUCAUGAAGAAUUAAGUAAAGCCAAUGUCUUAGUUUAUGCUAACAAACAAGAUUUAAAAGGUAGUAUGACAGCAGCUGAAAUUUCUAGACAACUAGAUUUAACUUCUAUUAAAAAACAUCAGUGGCAUAUACAAAGCUGCUGUGCCCUUACAGGAGAAGGACUUUAUCAAGGUCUUGAAUGGAUUGUUGGUCGUUUAAAAAAGACAUGACGUACAUUAUGAGGAUUGAUUUUGAAUGUAAUAAGAUAUCUAAAUUGUAAAAUACAUGUUCAAUGUAAGUUACUGUGCCACUCUAACGAUUGUACAAAUGAUAUAAGAAUGAAUGAUCAUUUUUCAAAUGGUACACUAGCUCCAUAACUUAAAGUGUAACUGCAUAUACUGAUUCAUUAUUGCUGCAGACACUUAAUGUAUCAAGUGGUGGACGGGUAAAUUUUGUCUUAUCUAUUAAUGUGAUAUAAAAUAUAAUGGCAAAUGAUUAUGAUAUAAAAUUAAAAUAAUGUUUUAACUAUUCUCUGUGUAAAAUAUAUUUAAAACAUCAUGUUAUAAGAAAAUGGAAAAAUUUAGAAUAUCCAGAGUCUUUUAUAGAAAAUAUUGUUGCAUUAAGAAAAGUAUCUAUAGCAAAAAAUUUUUUUAUCUGUGUAUAAGAAGAUAUAUAUUGUAAACACUUUACAGCAGGACUGCCAAAUGUAAUGUAUGGUCUACAAACACAUCUGAUUAUUUAUUGCUAUAUUAAAUGCUAUAUUAAAAUUGCAGUCUCAAUGCUACCAAAUUUUAUUUUUGAUUCAGUAACAAAUGUAAUAAAAGUUGCAUGCAUUUAAAUGUAUUUAAGUGAGAAUAUAUAAAGAAUUUAAUCUUGAUCCCGUCCACCUGUGUUUAUAUAACUAUAAAAAUAGAUUAUUUAUUUGUUCUAUUGAGUUAAUGUACGAAUAAUUAUUUGGCCUGUGCAGUUUCCAAAAAUAUACCUAUGUACAUAGUUUUUUAUACUCCACAUUAAUAGUAAAUAAUUGUAAAAAGUCAACUUCAAUUUAGCACCAAUUAAACCACAUAUUUUUUAACGUUCUGUAUAAGAAUUUAAAUAUUUCUUAUAGCUUAAUGUUACAAACAUCUUUAAGAAUUUCAAAGCAAGUUAUUCAACCAGUCUAACUAAACAUUUAGAAGCAGAAAACUGCUCUGUGAUAUGUGAGAUGGUUGUUUAUCAGGAAUAUUUAAUUUGAUUUGUAUAUGAAACAUAAAGAUUUGUUUCAUAUAAAACUCAUACAAUUGUAAAAAUAUCUAUCAUGUUUUGACGUAUUAUGAAUUAUUUUAAGUAUUAUUAAUCUUUAACCAUCCAAUUAAUAACAACUAUCUCAUUUAUUUUAUUUACUCCAUGAAUGUAGUAAACACUUGUGUAGUUCAAAAUACUCCAGUAUUUAACAAUUAAUAAAACUUAAAACACAUACAUUAGUAACAUGGAAAAGAUGAUUCUAGGAAUUGUUAAGAUCAUUAUAUAAAAGACAAAUGCCGUCUAAAGCCAGAGUGAGAUCGUACAUUUCAUAAAAAUAAACAGCAAUUUUCUCAUAUUGAGAAAUUAAGCAAUUAAUUGUCUAUACUUAUUAUUACAGAUGCACGACAUUAUAAUAUAUACUAUCGUUAACAAAGUUUUCAUUAUAUAAAAAUUUUGAAAUACAAUACAAGUUACAGAUUGCUUUAUUUUAUUAAAACUACACAAAUAAAUCAAAUAUAUGUGUCUACCUUUAAGCUUCUUCUAUGGUUAAAUUUUAAUGAAACAAAAUUUCAGAAAUUACUGGAUUCAAAAAUGCUUGUUUGAAUUCGUUAUUUGUUAAUUAACUAAUAUAGUAAGCACGAAAUGUUCGCGUAAAAGGUUGUUAAUUAACGUAAGGACUGAAAUUAAUGUAAAAUAAAUUUAUCAAACUUUCUUUUAUGAGAAGUAAACAAA